UCUCAGAUAAUAUAAUGGCUCUACAUGUAUCAAACAUUGCAUCAACUUUUAAUAAACUUUUGCUUACAAAUCAUUUUUGAUACGUAGAAGUUUUUGGUUCUUUAAGUAAACGUUUUCGAUGAGCAAACUCCCCGUUCUAUGAUGGUAUUAUUUGGGGUUUAUUUCUAAAAUAAUUGUUUUAAAUGUUCUAUUUGAAGUACAAUGUACACAGAGGUUUCAGUUUGAUAUUUUUUUAAUUGCAGUGUCAAGGUGGAAGAAUUUCGGUAUAUUUCAUGAAUUAAGAUCUGGCGUUUUAUUCAAAGAUCCCUUGUUCGAGAUUGUUAUGAGUGACAGUAACUGUGAAGAACUGAAGUUGUUUUGUUUGUAUCAUUGACGUAGUGUCACUACAAACCAACCAGGAUGGACAGAAAAAUGGACAAGGAAGAUCAGUGUGGAAGCAUAAAAAACGGAUAAGGUCGAAUUCGAGGUACGAAUGAAAUCGUAUGAGGGGUUUAAUUACCCAUACGAAAUUAUGGAUAAUAUUGGCGAUCAUCUACGUCACAUCCGGGACAUGGAGCUUCGGGACGAUGACGUCUUCAUUACUUCAUAUCCUAAAUCAGGGACACACUGGAUUUAUGAGAUCGUGUACAUGUUGCUACGCGACCACACAGCCUACUGCCGGAAGCACCACCUAUUGGACGUGGAGAGUAUGGACGUCUUUAACAAUGCUCCGUCACCAAGGGUAUUCAUAACGCACAUACCGAUAGACCGGUUACCAUGGCGACUAAGUCAAGGUCGGGUCAAGGUCAUUAACAUAACCAGGAACCCCAAGGAUGUCGUUGUAUCUCACUUUUGUUUCGUUAAGAGACUAGCUAUGACGGCGUUCGACGGGGAGUUUAAUUAUUCCUAUGUGGAUAAAUUCCUCCGCGGAGAUGUUCCAUAUGAUUCCUGGUUCCGUAGCGUUCUCACAUGGGAGAAGUUUCCACAAACACACCCGGAAGUGCCCUUUUUGAUGAUGAAUUAUGAAGAUAUGAAAACAAAUCCUCGACAGGAAAUUGAAAAAGUUGCUAUUUUUCUUGGAAAGACAACUGACGGAGUUGUUUUGGACGAAAUUGCAGACAAAUGUUCCUUUAUCAAGACACAUCAAGAUAAAGUGGACCACCCGGACCCACUCUUCGAUACUUUCUCUAGGGAUGGGCCUCAGAUAAUAUAUAGAAAAGGAGAGAUAGGAGAUUGGAAGAACUGGUUUACCGUGGCAGACAAUGAAAAAUUUGACCAGGUCUACAAAGAGAAAAUGGCAGAAUCAAACCUCAUCUUUAGAUUUUCAUUGUGACUCAUGUUUAACGAUUUUGGGGAUUUUUCAUGACAUUGAAUAUCCUACAACGCACUAGUAUAACCACAGAUGUCUGCUUUUGGUAAGUAUUUAUAGACAAAUAUUAACCUCUAGCCCUAUUGUUACAGUAGGAGUAGGGGUUAAUAGUUUUCUAUAAAUAUGAACUAGAAACAGAUGCCUGUGGUACAUGUAUAUAGCUAAGCACUAUUGGCCAUAUACAAUGCGUGUAUUGGGGUGUUGUAUGCCAAGAGAAUUGAUUGUCAGUAUUCUAGGAAGCACGGGUACAACAUUAUUGGCCAAGUAUAUAAACGGGAGAGAGACAAGAGAAAUAUUCAUAUGGAGUUUGGACGAAGAAGAACCACCUAGCCACGCCUAUGUCUGUCCCAGGGAGAUGUCCAUCCCUGUGGACGUACCGGAUGGAUAGGACAAGACUCGCCUGAGGGGGAUACAGGCACAGGAGGCACUCGACCACCGGCCCCCUCACGUCGCCUGAACACAGCAACUGAGUUAAACCAGUAGCCAACCAACCAAAUAUAUAGUAUACACAGUAUAACUUAUACGUCUGUGAGUAUGUGCGUUUGUGCAGAGCUUGCAAUCGGGUACAAUCAUAAUAUGGACUGAUUUAGUUCAUAUAUCCACACCCAGCUCUACACCUGAGAUUCCGGUGGUUUAAGGUCAAAGGUCAAAUGCUGUACUUUACCACUUUAAGGUGCCUGGCGGUAUUUGUGAUUCUGCGCUCACAUUGCUAUUAUUUUAAUAACUAUUUAAAUAUUUGUAUAUAAACAUGUAGAUAAGCCUUUGUAAAGAAACACCUGGUCGCCUGGCCUCCCAAUGUCUCCAGUGCUAGGCUUCUAGGACAUUCCACAUUUCUACCCUUACAAGGUUGUAUUGCAUUCCACGCUGGGGAACAAAUAACAAGCUCUCUUUUUUUCAUGUGCAGGAAAGGAUAAUUUUGAUUUUAUUAUUUUCCAUCUGGUAUCCAUGCUAUCUGUUGAAGUCACUGAAAAUAUUGAUACAUCCCAUAUUUUU